AUGAGCUUGGAUUGUUCAAAGCAAUGGCAGACUAUUGAAUACAACAACCGAUUGUUUCAAGUGGCUGUUCGUUGCAUUCCUCAUGCCGUGUUGCUGUGGAGCGACGUUCAGGCGCUUGUGCCGUCAGCCACCGCGCUGUUACGGGGCAAUACUUUGGUGCCUUUCGAUACCGAUGCCGAUCUCGCCGAAUUGAUACCUAGACGUAUAUCCGUCGACCAGGACGCAACGACAGUGUGGAAAGUCCAUGUACCUGCCACCCACGACAAUACCCAGCCUCGUCAAUUCGAUCAGUUACUGGACCGUCUGGAUCGGCUGAUACUGUCGCUUUCGUCCGCCAGACUUGAGUCAGCUGACCCAAUGUCUCCGGCAAGCGAUGUCGCAGCAAGUGACAGAAGACAAGGGGAUGAAUCACGGUCGGGUUUGGAUUCAUUGUCACUCGGUGAACGAAGCAACGGUGCAACGACGUUGCAAGGGGGCGAACGAGGAGGGGCUAGUUCAGAGCCCGACGCACGAUCAGGUGUAGCUCGUGUAGGUAGUCCCUAUGGACGACUUUCAUCCGAGACGGUUGGUCACAUGGAGACGGAACGUCAUCCUAUUUCCGAAGGCGAUGCCCCGCCGUCUUACGAAACAUCGAUUCUCGGCAAUAUCAAGAUCUUGACGCAAAAGCUUCGUGAAUUCGAGAACCAUAUCCCUAACCGACAUAAAUCGCCUCGAUGGCUGGCGAAACGAUCCGAUUGGGUGGAAAGAGAGCCUCAGAGCAUUGAGCAAGUGGCGUAUCAGUUGGUGCAGUUGGAAAUGGCACUGUUGUGGACGGCGGUGACGGAAACGUGGAUCGAUGCGCGUGAAACAUGGUUAUCCAUGGUGGCCACCACUGUAUCUGAACGUCAUUUGGCGGGUGCUCUUGUCAAUCUGGAAAGACACACGCUUGUGAUGGAUGAUAGUUGGUUCGACGUUCGUGAACAAUGGACCAAUGAUCUGUUGGCCAUGGCAGUCGCCCCGUGA